AUGGCAAAUACAAACGAUCCGCGUCGGAACGGCAACGGCAAAUCUGCUCCACCUCCCGAAGAUCCUGUGAAACGGCAACAACAGGAGCAACAGGAGGGAGCAGAAAACGACCUCCCCGAGGCGACCAACACCCUGGCUCUCUGUCCACAGUGCCCAUUUGCCUCUCGUUCACCGAGUGAGGUGGAUGAGCACAUGAUACAUGUGCACAGGGCAACAUUACCUCCAGACGGGAGCCAGGCCGUUGAGUCAGUCGAGGGGAUCAUGAACGAGGUGGCGCCUCAAUUAAGCACCUUCAUAUCUCUCGCUCGUGCAUUCCCCAACGUUCCGUCGGUUGCCUUUCCAUCGAUUCCAUUGCUUCAGAAUGAUAAUCCAGGCGUAUCCGCAGAGGAUGUACAACAACCUAUCCCUACCCCUCAAAUGGAGGCUACUCCUUGUUCGUCAUCGUCGUUGACGCAAAAUAUGCCAAUCCGGACGGAUUCGAGGCGGCGCUACAAUCGCAGUGGGACCGCUGCUAUUGGCAGCGCCUCCAGUGAUGGCGCCAAAAGCAGUCGCUCCGCGGGGACGUAUAACUGUCCGUACUGCAAGUACAAUGCGAAGUACUUGAGCGAGUUGCGACGUCACACGCGUUUGCAUAUGGGCGUGAAGCCCUUUGCGUGUAUCUUUUGUUCAUACAAGUCGGCGUGGAAAGGCGACCUCAAGCGUCACAUGGAAUCCCAUCACAAAGAUAAAUUCAAGACAGAUGAUGAUCUAGCUCGUAUUAUGGCCCAGUUUAAAAAUAAUGCUGGGACGACUGCAAUUGAUCCUAGGGAGGAACAGGCGGUGCGGCCAUGCUCUGCAUCACCAGGGAACUCGCCAAACUCCCAGACAAACCGAGACACACCAGUGCCCCCAGGUCUUCCUUCAACAUCCCACGCUGAUCUAAGUCUCCCCACAACGGCAGCGGAUCCUUCUCAACUGCUUAUUGACACCCUCCUGACGCUUCCUCCAACACCGCAUGCCCUAGACCCAAGAUUUUACCCAUCACUGCAAUACCUGGCCUCUUUUUUCACACCGCCGGCUGUUCAUUCCCAACCGUCUCCACUCGUACCACCGCCGCCUCAGCCUACGCCACCUCCACCAGAAUUGUCACUACCACCGCCCCCGCCUCUACCAUUAUCGGCUCCGUUAAGCACCAUAACCCCGCCGCCAACAAUAGAGAGUUUGAACUCCCUUCUGAGCAAUUGGAACUGGCUGCAAUUUCCACAGACAUUAACACCAGAGGGUUUAGGCCUUGUGCCAACCUUCACGUCGCAGCAGCCAGAAGGGGAGCAGCAACAGCAGCAGCCCCAGCCGUGUGCCAGUACCGAAGAACCGCUAAACUUGGUGUGUAAAGCAGAGUGCCCGACAGGUCCUCAAUCAGUUAGUCAGGCCUCUCCCCCACAGCCGCGGCCACCGCCAGCCAAGAGGCGCUCUACGAGGCCCACCCGAUCCGGAAGAGGCUCAACCAACCGUGAGGAACUGCAUAAGCCCUAUAAGUGUUCCAGCUGUGGGCACCGAUCUAACUGGAAAUGGGACAUUAAUAAGCACAUUAGAGUAGCUCACCCUGAACGUCCAGAUGUCACUACCAUUACCAUGGACCCUGAGGAGGCCAAACGAACCUUGCCCGCGUAUCUGGAAAGGGUGCGAGCAUUCGGACGCAACGGAAGAUCAUCAGCUCAUUGUUGCAGUGAUGACAUGAAUCCUUCAUGUAGUAACGGCUCUGGUUCCUGCCACCAGGAUCGGGAGGGCUAUAUCAGGCCCUACAUGUGUUCAUUCUGCGGCCACCGCAGCAACUGGAAGUGGGACUUGCGAAAGCAUAUGAAGAAUAUGCACGGCAGGGAAGGGAAGGUGAUAAUCUUGAGUAAUGAGGAAGCCCGUCGUACCCUUGCUCAGUACAAGGCAAGCAGACGACAGGGUCAGAGUCGGAUGCUCCGUUGGUCGACUACGGAUGUGUCGAGUGAGCCCUCAACAUCGAGGCAGUGUUGUGCCUCGGAAGCAUCAAGAGGCACUACUGUCUCGCCCGUCGGUGACACUCCUGUUCCAGCUAGCGAUGGCAGUACGCAACUAAGCGGCAGUAAAGUAAAAGCGAUCUCCGCUUUUCGCUGUUGUGUUUGUAAGAUGAUCUUCCCAAUGUGGAAGAAUCUUGCCCAACACAUUGUGUUCCAUCAUCCAGGCCUUAGUGUAGCUACGAGUCUUGCUGCCACUGCUAUGGGGAAUAUUGUCACUACCACUGCUACCGCCAGCAGCAGCAGCUCUAGCCCCAUAGAGCCUACGCAUACAAGGCUUUCUUUGAAGAGGCCCCUUACCCCACCAUCUCCUAGCAAAUUGUCGUCUGGGGAGGAUGAACAAUCUGCAACGCAGGAUCAAGAUGAAUGGCAUUGUUCUUACUAUGGUCUUCUUUUACUGCAGGAGAUGAAGUUUUGUGAGAUACAGCGCUCGCCUUUCGCUGCAAAUCCAUUAGAGGAACCAUUGCCAUCACCUUCGAUGUCAUCAACGCCAACAUCACUACCUGAGUCGGAAAUGGUGAGGCAGCGUCCCAGACUUCGAGCAAAACGUUCUCUAGUCCAUCACGUUGCAUCGUCAUCCACGCAGACCCAAAGUUCCCCACUACUCAGCACCCUCGACAAUCUGCUUUCUGAGAGUGCAACAAAUUCGUUCACCGAGGUCUUUCAGUUUGCAGAGAUACUUAAACAGGCUGUCGAUUUCCUUCAGUCGUUAUUGGGUGAGGGAAGUCAGGAGACAAUCGAAAAUUCCAACAUCUAUGAGCAGUUGCUGUCUCGCUUGGAGGGAGAUGAAAACGAGCCCUCAACGCUAGCAAAGUCCGUUGACGGAAGUGACAGGAGACAGAAGGUUAUGAUAGGGAUGAUGACAAAUUGGUGUAUGGAUAAGAAAAGUAGUCCAUAG